UCGCUCUCCCAUUGGCUGGUGGAGGGCAGCCGUGCUGACGUCACUGGCAGUCUGGGUGAGUAGGUCUGCGGCAGUCUGACGCUGUGAUCACUGUGUGUCAGUCAUCAUCGAUCCGGUGGAUCAAUACAUCGAUUCUUUAUUGCUUUAAAUCAGACUGAAGCUCGCGAGUGGCGCGCGCGACACCUCAUCAUGUCCUCCAGCAAAGAGGAAGAAAAAGGCGCGAACGACUGGCGGGAGUUCUUCUGGAACCCGCGAACUCUCGAGUUAUUGGGCCGAACCGCCACGAGCUGGGGUCUGAUCCUGCUCUUCUACCUGAUCUUCUACCUGUGCCUGGCGGGGAUGUUCGCGCUCACCAUGUGCAUCAUGAUGCUGACACUGGAUGACUACAAACCCACCUGGCAGGAUCGGCUGGCCACGCCAGGGAUGAUGAUUCGCCCGAAGGUGGACCAGCUGGAGAUCACGUACUCUGUGUCGGAUGACGUCAGCUGGAACGGGUUCGUCCAGAACCUCAACACCUUCCUCAGCCCCUACAACGACAGCCAUCAGGUCCAAACCAAUGAUAACUGUCUUCCAGACACGUACUUUGUCCAGGAGGACAGUGGAGAGGUGAGGAAUAACCCGAAGCGUUCCUGUCAGUUUAAUCGAACCAUGCUGCAGGAAUGUUCUGGGCUGAUGGACCGUUUCUAUGGUUACAGCACAGGUCAGCCCUGCAUCCUCAUCAAACUGAACCGGGUGAUUGGUCUGUAUCCAGGGAAGGACAGUCAGUCUCCUUUUGUCACCUGUGGAGCCAAGAAGGAGGAUGGUGAUAAGAUGGGACCACUGGCGUACUACCCGCCUAACGGCACUCUCAACCUCAUGUACUACCCCUACUACGGCAAGAGAGCUCAGGUGAACUACACUCAGCCUCUUGUGGCCGUGAAGUUCCUGAAUGCCUCGCUGAACACCGACAUCAACGUAGAGUGUAAAAUCAACUCCAACAACCUGCCCGCCGGCAGCGACAGGGAUAAGUACGCCGGGCGGGUUUCCUUCAAACUAAGAAUCAACGAAUAAAAUGCCGCACACGUGCACAAACAGUCCAAACGCACAAAUCGUCCCUCGAACCUGACCAGGUCACGCUGCACCUGCACGUUAUAGUCCCACAGACCCACUGCCAGCGGCGCUGCACUCAGGUCCAUGAAUAUUUGGACAAAUUUUUCUGCGUUUGCAUGUUGAAUGAAUCUGGAGUAAAAACACAGACGUCCUGUCCAAACAUUCAAAUCAGAAGAGCAGUGUAGGAAUUACAGCUUUUUGGGGGGGGGGGUCCAAAAGUAUCUGGACAGCAGAUUCACUCAUUAGUCAACAGAUAAACAGCUGGUUAAGAAACGCACUUGCGGCCUGUGCUACAUUUGUGAAUGAGGUGUUGCUUUUUGACAAUUUAAAAAAUAACACGCUGAAAAUCUGUUCGUGCUCCGUAAACUCAAAAUAACAUGAACGUGUGAAUCGCACCCAUCAAAGCCUCUAAAGGAUGUAGCGUAUUUUUCUGGGCUGACGCUGCGUUCACUGACAGUGGGGAAUUAUUCCUGAAAUCAAACAUAUCACUUUAAAGAGUUCAUAAUCAUUCCAGCGUCCAAUAAAACGAAAACAGAUGAUCGACAUUCAGCCUGCGUGAAGUUGAGAAAUUGCUGACUAAUUUAUUGACUUAUUUAUUGCUUUAAUUGUCUCGGUGCAGUAACCAGUCAAGUACAGUCUUUGUUUUCCUUUGUGGUUUUGUUGCUUGUCGUUAAGUAGCGUUAAGGAGCUCGUGUCUCUCAUUGUGCAGACUGGUUGCUGAUGUUUACGUGUGUUGUUUUUAUUAUUAUUAUUUAUUGUCAAUACGACUGAGCAUGAUGGUUGUUACCAUGACAACUGAACACACACCGGCACAAUCACCUGUGCCACACAAACACGCCUCCUCCGAAACCUCCCAACAACGUCUUCCACCACUUCCUGGUUAUCGGCCCGACAGACUGAUCGGGUGAUCCCUUUUGUAUGCUGUUAUAAAAUACUUGUCUGUGAUUGGUGAAUUGAUUCUGCCUGAAAUUUAACCUGCUGUUUCAAGAAAGAAAGAAAUAAAACAAACAAA